GCAGUUAGUGUCAGAAAUUACAGAGGGAAGGAAAAGUGGAUUCAAGGAAUUGUGCAUGCUCGAACCGGACCAGUGUCAUACCAGGUCGAGAUUGCACCAAAUGUUAUCGGGAGGAGACACAUCGAUCGAUUACUUGCCUCGGAGAACAUAACAAACGACACUCAAGAUCUCGAACCAGUUACAGAUAUUCCAGGUUUGGCAAAUGAAAAUAAUGCUGAAGACGAAACAGCCGUGGACAUACAAGACCAGCAGGAGACUUUAGAACCAAAUCGAGAAAUGGAUGAAGUAGAACAACCUGAACAACGAUAUCCUGUCAGAAUUCGUAAUCAACCAAAUAGGUUAGGACUUGAUAAUUAA